UAGAACAGUGUCUGUGUUAGAGCAACCGCCACAAAGCACAUUAUCACAUCAUCCACUUCACUCUCCGAAUGCAAGCUGCAAUUGUAGCCAUGGCAGCUCACACUUUCCUCACUAUCUCUGCCUCUCCAUCUUCUCACACUCUUCUCGCCACAUUCCCCUCACAUUCUUCUCCUCCUCUUCACUCUUCUUUUCACGGCGUCUCUCUCAAACGCCCACUUCCUUCUAACUUGACUCUCUACGCCGUCGCUCCCAAUCCCCUCACUAUUGUCGCCGCCACGAAGCAAGCCGUCGCUGUUCUCAAGGGAAAUUCUAAUGUUGAAGGGGUUGCCACUUUGACUCAAGAAAGUGAUGGUCCUACAACUGUGAAGGUUAGAGUUACGGGGCUUACACCUGGACCUCAUGGUUUUCAUCUACAUGAGUAUGGUGAUACAACAAAUGGAUGCAUGUCAACGGGAGCACAUUUCAAUCCUAACAAUAUGAAUCAUGGUGCUCCUGAGGAUGAAAUUCGCCAUGCGGGUGACCUGGGAAACAUCAUUGCUGGCGCUGAUGGCGUGGCAGAGGCAACCAUUGUAGACAGUCAGAUACCAUUGAGUGGUCCUAAUGCUGUAAUUGGAAGAGCCCUUGUGGUUCAUGAGCUAGAGGAUGACCUUGGAAAAGGUGGGCAUGAACUUAGUUUAACCACUGGCAAUGCAGGUGGAAGACUGGCAUGUGGUGUGGUUGGCUUGACUCCAAUAUAAGGUUAAUACCCGAUUGAACCAAGUAUGGUCUAUGCCAAUGGCUGAUUGCUUUUGCCAGAUUCUCUUAUAGAGCCAGAUGUAAUAAAAACUGAGAGGGUGUAACAUAAAAGUGUGAACACAGAAGUAUUAAUAAAUAAUGUUUGCAAGCAUUCAUCUUGUUUAUUUGUCUCCGGGGCAAAAUAAACUUGAAGUUGUCUAUGCAUGUCUUGUGAACAUCCAGAACCUUUGAGUUUUGAUUUAAUGGAAGACGAGUAGAUGUAUGGUACCGCAUCGCUCUUAUGUUUUUCACUGUAACCAACUGGGUGUAUACUCACUAACCUUAAAUUAGGCUUGACUACAAGCAUUGACUUCUAUCAA